UACUGAAUAUCUAUAGUGGGUCACUGCAUAUCGGCGUCAUAGGUCCGGACAGCGAUUUUCGUACCACCAAAAACCGAACCAUAGGUCCCGAAAUUCAAGCUCACUAUUCCGCAGCCCCAGCCCGCAUUGCAAUGGCGCAAGACGACAACGAGCCGCCUACAAUGCGCGGCUCCCCUCCCGAGCCGACCGAAACGACCCAGCAGGCGCAAACGUACGAAACAUUCCCUCACCCGGAACGGCAUUCUGGGGCUAAAGCGGGCGCAGAAGGAGCAGCCGAGGAAAAACCUACCUCGAAGCCUUCGGUACAGGAUGCGUUCCAAUCUAUAAAAUCGGACGACUUCUUCAGUUUACAUAAGAUACCGUGUGCGCGCCAGGGGCUCAUGACAGGCAUUGGGGCAGGAGCGGUGGUGGGCGCGGGUCGCUAUAUUACAGGAGGACGGAUACCCAAAGCCGCGAAUUGGGCAUUCGGUACAUUUUUCAUAAGUUCGAUAAUCCAAUGGGAAUACUGCAGGGCGCAACGAGCAAAAGAGUACGCCUCUGUAGCACGAAUGGUGGAAAUCAUGAGUCAGAAGGCAUCCGAGAGAGCAGCAAAAGAGGCCGAGGCAGCGAGAUUAAAACAAGAAAAAGAGAGGCAAGAGCUCGCAAAGAAAAGUUGGUAUAAAUUAUGGUGAACCUAUUUAAUCCAUGAGAUUCUCGAUAGCGAUUGUUGCUACUGUACAUACUAAUAGUUACUGGUCCGUGAGAUCUUAUCUCCUCCGGGUGCCAAUACUUGAAAUCCAUGCAUUUCUAUGAUGUUGGCGCCUAAGCCAGCUUGGGCUCCCACGGAAUGUGGACUGCGAUAGAUGGAGGUUGGAGGCUAUGCGAUUUUGAUAGCUG